AUGAAUGGAAAAGUUUAUCCCAGUGAAGAUCCAGGAAAAUAUAAAAGCUUUAUCCCGUUGAUUGAUGCUUAUAAUGAGGCCAAAUUAAAGCAAAUUAAAGAGUAUGAUCCGGAAUUUUAUGCAAAAUGUGUUGAAAUUAUACCAACCGCUGAAGAGUUAGAUGCGUCACCUAUUUCUUUUAUGAAAUAUAACAAAAAAUUAUUAAGUCCAAUGGAUUUUGAAAUUGUCACCAAUUACUCGAUGCAAGAACUAGUCGCUAAACAAAUUUCAAAAGAGUUGACCGCUUUAAGUAUUAUCAAUGCCUAUAUUAAAUCCGCAAUUAUUUCCCAUUUAAUCACCAACUGCGCAAUGCAAUUUUUAAUUCCUGAGGCAUUAGCAAAGGCCAAUUAUUUGGACAAAUUUUUGUCGAAAAAUAAUGGGGAAGUUAUUGGUCCUUUGCAUGGAGUACCAAUUUCUAUUAAAGAGCACAUGAAUUAUGCUGGGAAACAAACAUGUGGUUCAUACGUUGGAUGCUUAGAUAAUAUUCCUCGGGAAAGUGCAAUUAAUAUUAAAAUUUUGGACAAGCUGGGCGCAAAUUUCCACAUUAGAACUUCCCAACCUCAGUCGUUGAUGUGGUUAGAUACUGCAAACAAUAUUAUUGGCAGAACUAGGAACCCAUUAAGCACUAGAAUGAGCCCAGGCGGAUCAUCUGGAGGCGAAGGUGCCUGUGUCGCCUCUCAUGGUAGCUGUAUUGGGUUUGGUGGCGAUAUCGGUGGUAGUAUUAGGGUGCCGGCUGCUUUUACCAAUUUAUUUGGUUUUAGACCAACAACUAGAAUUUUUAGUUCCCUGAAUAAUUUAGGUGGUGGUAAGGGUCAAGAAACUAUUAUUGUUUCACAAGGUCCAUUAGCUAGAAGUAUUGAAGAAAUCGAUUUUUUCAUGGAGAGUUUCGUUAAUAAAGGUAUUCCCUCUAAUUAUGAUCCAUCUUGUCUACCACUGCCUUGGAGAACCCCAGUUGAGUUGCCAAAGAAAAUAAAAAUUGGUUGUUUAUUUGAUGACAAUUUGGUAACUCCCUUCCCAGCCAUUUCCAGGGGUAUGAAACUGGUUGUGGAAAAAUUAGCUGAGAAUUUUGAGCUUGUUGAUUUAAAGAACUAUUGGUAUUCUGAAAGUGAAAUGGAAAGUAUUUAUACCAACGCCAUUGCAUGUUUUACUAGUGAUGGUAAUCAAACGCAGUAUGAUAUGUUUGAAAAGAGCGGUGAGCCUAUUUUACCUUUAACAAGCCAUUAUUUCCAGUUUGGCGACAAUGCUGGUAAGCCCUUAAGUGUGUAUGAUGUUAGAAUGCUAGCAUAUGAAAGGGAUAACUUAAGAUUGGAUCUAUAUAAAAAAUUCUUUGGCCGAGUAGAAGAUGGCAGUUUGGGGUUAGAUUUUAUCUUGGCACCAAGCUAUGUUGGUCCAUCCGAAACACCAGGGAACUCUUUGUAUUGGGGAUAUACUGCUCUUUGGAACUAUGUUGAUUUUCCGAGCUGUGUAUUCCCCACUGGUCUUUUCCAUGAAACAACUACCGAUGUUUUACCCUUCUCAAAUGGAGGGCCUAAAUUAAAAAACAAUCAAUAUGAAAAAAUGGUUUGGUAUGGCCAUAACGAAGAUAAAAUUAAUUACGAUCCAAAAAAUUAUGUUGGUGGUCCAAUUGCUUUGCAACUAAUUUCAAGAAGAUUUGCAGACGAAGAAGUACUUGAAGGUGUCAAAAAAAUUGUUGAUAUUCUAAAUAUUCCAAGAAGUUGA